AUGACAACAAGGGCAUUGCCCUUGGCUUCAUCACCAUUUCAUACCCAAACAACAACCUCAUCUCCCUACCUUUCAAAUUCUCCCCAACCGGCCGCCCCAAAACUAAGCCGACCAAUCUCAGCCACCUCGUGUUCGGCUUGCUCGCCUCCGAAAAGGCCUGGCCCAACCGAAAAUCGUAGGGAGGGGAGGUAUCGGGCCUGGCCCAUCGGCUUGUUCAACUCCACCCAUGGCUUCCUCUUCCUCGACAAACACCCGGGGCCCAACCUCCUGUCUUGGCCCGAUACCUCCCCUCCCUACCGCGUCUCGGACGAUUUAACAAAAUUACUCAACAAGACCAAUAUCCGGGCCCAGAGGAUGGUGCACGGGAUAAUGGAAGUCGUGAGGGAGCUAGAAUUAGUUGACGAUAAAGAAGACGAUUUCAGAUGGGUGGUGAUGGGGGAUGACGACUCGAUUUUCUUCGUUGACAAUAUGGUCGACGUGCUUAGCUUUUGGUGGGGGUGGGAUAAUUCUAAGCCGAAAGCUGGCGAAAGCCCUGGCUCGGGACAUGGAAAGUUGUCUCAAGAGGUAGUGUUUUUGAACUCUGCUGAUAACACCACCAGGGCCUGUAUUGCUGACAUUGGUGCUAACCUGUCUCCAAACAAUGGAAAUCACCAGGUCGAUUUACGUGGCGAUAUAUCUGGCAUGUUAUCAUCCCACUCCCUGUCCCCACUCUUGUCCCUCCACCACCUUGACAAGGUGGGUCCCAUCUUCCCCAACAUGGACCGCCACCUGUCCACACGCCACCUCAUGAAGGCAGCUGGCACCGGGCAGUCCCGCCUCCUCCAGCAAACUAUUUGCCACAACAGGAGCUACCUUCAAAGGCCCAUUGAGACAUUUGGGAUGUGGCUAGCGGGACCAAAGCCCCCGUUCUACUUGUUCAACACAAGGCCACGCUCGCGGGACCCCUGCGUGGCUCCCCACGUCUUCUUCUUCGAGUGGGUGAUGCAGGGCCCACAUGAUGAGGUUCUCACCAGCUAUUCCCGAGUGUGGCCACGUGGCAUGCCGGCCUGCUCAUCCACGGCCAAUCGUUCGGCGGAUUACGUGCAGCGGAUUCAAGUCUUCUCGCCUGCCGUUAAACGGACUCGGGUGGAUAGAUGUGAGUGUUGCGACAUUAUUCGAGUCUACAGCGUUGAGGCAGAGAUCAGAAUUAGGGAGUGCUCAACAGAUGAAAUAAUCGCUUAACUAAAUACCGGCUUAUUUACUCGCGCGAUUUACUAUAUAUGCAUAUUUCUGGAUUUAACUCUGUGUACAUAAAAUACAUAAACAUAUUUAUUUGAAGCAUUAUAUAUUUUUGUCAUGCGGUUCGUAAAAUGGUCUGUUACAAAUAUUUU